CCCCCUCCACAAAUGACUUCUUUAAAAAAAGCGAGUGAGUGAGUUUGUCCCUCACUCAUACCAUCCUGAGGUCUGGCUCUAAGGAUGGACUCUGCUCUGCUGUUGCUUCUCCUCUGGGCUCUGACUGCCACAGCUUCCCCUCAGUCUUCAGGGUCAUGUGUGAGACUUCAGGGAGGAGAGAAGAGAACAAGGACAUGUUCUCGGAACUGCAAAUCGGACGCAGAAUGCGGCAGCAAGCGGCAGUGUUUGUGUGACGGCCAAUGUGGUCUCAGCUGUGUGGCUCCAGGUCGUACUUGUCCCUGGCCUCUUCCCCUGAGUGAAACCUCGGAAAUCCGCCUCCUCUCUCCCACUCCUUCCUUCUCUGCCCUGCUAGAAGUGCGCUGUAAGCCAGGCUUCACAUUGCCCGAUGGCUUGGAUGUCACUGUCCGCAGGUGUCAGGGUGACCGACAGUGGAGCGGAGAUGAGCCCAUCUGCGCAGUGUCUGAGCCACCUGAAAACACUCCAGCUCAAACCUGUCCUUUGCCAGAAGAGGUGAUCCACACCUUCAGCAUCCACGGCGAAGCCACUGUGGGUACUUCAAUCCGCUACAGCUGCCUGUCUGGGGCAGAAAUAGUUGGAAGCAGAGAAAAUUUCUGCCAGGAGAACCAGACCUGGCUGCAUCCUCAUCCGGUCUGUAAAAAACUGUUCUGCCAACCUCCAAAGGACGUGAAAGAGGGCUACGUGGUUGCAAUCCAGAAGGCCGAAUAUGAGGUUGGCUUUGACAUCCACUAUCUAUGCAAGAAGAACUACCUGCUGGAUGGACCCCAGAAGAUCACCUGUCUGUCAAAUGGCAGCUGGAGCGCAUCUCCACCACACUGCAGAGCUCGUUGUGUCAUCCCUGCUGAGCGAAGCCGUGUUGUGAUUGGUGGAGUGAAGCGUUGGCCAUUCGAUGUCACGGAUGCCAUGGUUCCCCACGGGGAAAACGUGACAUUCUACUGCAAACAUCCCAAGAAGCAGUGCAGCUUCACAGCAGCUCAGACCUGCUUUGAUGGGAAGCUGCAGACACCGGAGUGCUACCUUGAGCCCACAUGGUUGCAGUAUAAACUCUUCCCACAUCGGCUAGUGUCGGAGAUUGAAUCAUGUGCGCCCGGUGACGUAGAGUGACCACCUAACACAUCUGAUCUCAACCCACUGAGACAUGCAUCGGUUUAAUAACACCCCCUGGACAAUCAGUACAGAUUCAUGUGCUUUUAUUUUGCUCUUUCAGAUUUUAUUUGUGCAAAAAUCUCUUAGGUUUGUGAGUUUUUGUGGUUAAGUUUAAACUAUCAUCUUUUAUUUAGGCCUGGUGUUCUAUUUCUCUUGCACUCUAAAGGCAUUGUUAUUACAUCCAAACCUUGCUUAAAUCUUGCUGCACCUUCAGAUGCUCCAUACUCUCGCGACUUUUGUUGUGAUGUAUGCAGAGGUAUUUCUAGGUUGAAAAGAACCUGAGGGGAGUUUCUGCUAACAUCUACCCUCUUCUCAGUGAUUUUACCUGUUACAA